CAGGGCGACUAAGGGGAAAAGAAGAAGGGGUGUUGGGCCUGGCGGUGAACUGGGGCUGCGGGCAGCUGGGCGGCUCCGCGGGUAGGUGUCCAGAGAGCCGCGGGGCCAGAGUGCCCAGGGUUCACAUCACACUCCAGGAGGUGCCCGGGCUAGUUGGUUGGCUGGGGAGACCCGCAGGCCAGGACCAUGGGCUGCUUCUUCUCUAAGAGGCGGAAGGCUGAGGAGUCGCGGCCCGAGAGUGAGGAGGAGCAGCCCAAGCAGUACAGCUGGGACCAGCGCGAAAAGGUUGAUCCAAAAGACUACAUGUUCAGUGGACUGAAAGAUGAAACAGUAGGUCGCUUACCUGGGAAAGUGGCAGGACAGCAGUUUCUUAUUCAAGACUGUGAGAACUGUAACAUCUACAUUUUUGAUCAUUCUGCUACAAUUACCAUCGAUGACUGUACUAACUGCAUAAUUUUUUUGGGACCUGUGAAAGGCAGUGUGUUUUUCCGGAAUUGUAGAGAUUGCAAGUGCACAUUAGCCUGCCAACAAUUUCGCGUGCGGGAUUGUAGAAAGCUGGAAGUCUUUUUGUGCUGUGCCACUCAACCCAUUAUUGAGUCUUCUACCAAUAUCAAGUUUGGCUGUUUUCAGUGGUACUACCCUGAAUUAGCUUUCCAGUUCAAAGAUGCAGGGCUAAGUAUUUUCAAUAAUACAUGGAGUAACAUUCAUGACUUUACACCUGUAUCAGGAGAGCUCAACUGGAGCCUUCUUCCAGAAGAUGCUGCGGUUCAGGACUAUGUUCCUGUACCUACUACUGAAGAGCUCAAAGCUGUUCGCGUUUCCACAGAAGCCAACAAAAGCAUCGUUCCAAUAUCCCGGGGUCAGAGACAGAAGAGCAGUGAUGAAUCAUGCUUAGUGGUAUUAUUUGCUGGUGAUUAUACUAUCGCAAAUGCCAGGAAACUAAUUGAUGAGAUGGUUGGUAAACACUUUUUCCUAGUUCAGACAAAGGAAGUGUCCAUGAAACCUGAGGAUGCUCAAAGGGUUUUUCGGGAAAAAGCACCUGACUUCCUUCCUCUUCUGAACAAAGGUCCUGUGAUUGCCUUGGAGUUUAAUGGAGAUGGUGCUGUAGAAGGAUGUCAACAUAUUGUAAAUGAGAUAUUCAAUGGGACCAAGAUGUUUGUAUCAGAAAACAAGGAAAAAGCAUCUGGAGAUGUAGACAGCUUCUACAACUUUGCUGAUAUACAGAUGGGAAUAUGAAAUGCAAUGUGGAACCAAGGACUUGGUUCUACACGUACUUUGAGGACAUUUGGAACAUUGGGGAUAAAAGAGAAAUCACAAGAAAACAAUAAAAUUGCUUCCCAUUGUAUAAAAUUCUUGAUGUCUAAGAUGUAUUUUUCUCAUUUAUAAAAUCCUUUAAAACUAAAAUAAGCUUCAGUAAGAAGCUUAUUUAACUAUUCUCUAUAGAGAGAGUAGGUAUGCAAUUAGGGUAUGAUUAUGCCUUCAAAACACAUUCUAGAAAAUACUUUAUCCUUUAAAAGUAUAAUAAAAAGGCCAAAAUUCAUGUGAAUUACAGUAAUGUACUAUAGGUUGGAUCUGGACUAUCUCCCAAAGACCUAUAUGCUAAAGGCAUAGUUGCCCGCAUAUAUGCUAUUGGGAGAUGGUUGAACCUUAAGGAGGUAGGCCUAGUGGAAGGAAGUUAGGUCAUUGGGUAUAAUAGACCCUUGGAGGGGAUAUUGGGACCCUGGCCUCUUCUUUCCCUGUCUUUUUUGCUUCUUGGCUCCAUGAGAUGAGCAUCUUUGCCCCACUAUGAUGUACUACCUUGCCACAGACUCAAUUAACCACGGAAUGAAACCUCUGAAAUUAUGAGCUAAAAUAAACCUUUCUUACUUAAAAGUUGAUUAAUAAGCUGGGUGUGGUGGCAUAUACUUGAAAUCCCAGCAACUUGGGAGGCCAAAAUAGGAAGAUCACAAACCAAGGCCAGCCUCCACAACUGAGUUAGACCCCAUCUCAAAAUUUUAAAAAGAUGGGGUUCAGGUGUGGUGGCACACAUCUGAAAUCCCAAUAGCUCAGUAGCCUGAGGCAGGAGGAUCACAAAUUCAAAACCAGCCUCAGCAACUUAGUGAGGCCCUAAGCAACUUAUUGAAACCCUGUCUCAAAGUAAAAACUGGCUGGAAAUGUGGCUCAGUGGUAAAUCAUCUCAGGAUUCAAUACCCAGUACCUAAAUAAAUAAAUAAGGCCUGGGGAUGGAGCCCAGGAAGCUAUCUCCAGUAAAACACACACACACACACACACACACACACACACACGCUGAUUUAUCUCAAGUAUUUGUUACAGCAAUGAACUAACAUAAUGAAAACUUUUUUUGAAAAUGGAGUCACUGAGUGUUGGCUUGCUUUUCUCUUUUGGUAUAUAGAAUGUUUGAGGGGAGGUGUAAAUAAGCCUUUAUAAUACUUCAUCUCUUUCCUUAUAUGGCAUUUGGGCUCUUGGUGGCAAGCUUCAGUAAGAUGUUCAGAAAUUGCAAUUUUUUCCAUUUCUAGUGACUUAGUGCUUUCCUGGUGAGGGCUAGUUCUCACCUACAAAUAAAUUAUGAGCAUAGGCAGUAAAGAGCCCCCAGCAUUCUCACCUUGGCUCUGAUCCUCCCUCUGUGGCCUGCCUUCACUGUUUUAAUUUAAUCUAGUCCACUUGUAAUUGGACUAAUGAAAAUUAACUUGCAAAUUGUGUGACAAGUGAUUAACUGAUGUUUGUAAAGUACCUUGAAAAUGAAAGGUACUGUAUAAAUGUUAAGUAUUAUUGUGCUGAGCAAAUGAGUGUGGUGUUCUUUUAAAAUAGUUCAGCUGUGAGGCCACAUGCCUGGCUACAAGUAGGCAGCUGAAUAGGAAAACACAAGUAUAAGAGGCUGUUAAGGCUUAAGUGCUGUUUUCUUAUUGAUUGAUGUACUUUCAUUUGUAGGUCAGUUUGUUAAGCUCAUUAAUAGAACCUUUUAUACUCUUUCACCCUAACUUUUAAACAGAUCUUAUAUUAAAUGAUUUUAAAAUUUAUCUAAUGAGAGUUGUCCAUUUAUAGGGCCAUGAAGGGUUUGAUUUUUUCAAUCUGUUUUUUUGCAAAUGAGAAAGACAACUGAGGGUUGGAAGUCUAAAUGGCCUGUCCAGUUCACCAUAUAGUAAAUGAACUGUAGUGUGGGACUCUUGACUUCCCCUGGUGAUUACUAGGAAAAUAAGACUCAGCCCAGCAGUCUCCUCCUAUGUGAAGCCUUUUCUAACACAGAUACAAAGCCCAUUCCUUGCUUGGUGCUCACAUAGUAUUCCAUAUAGAUUUCCAAAUGCCUAACACAUUAUUCCAUUUCUUUAUCCGUGCCUCUCUUGCUACUCGAAGUGUGGUUUGUGGACCUGCAGCAUCAGCACCACCUAAGAACUGAUUAGAAUCCCCAGCCCCACUCCAGAUCUGUUGGGUAAUCAUCUACUAAUAAAUAUUCAGGGGAUUCACAUACACAUUAAAUUUUGAGAAGCUCCAUCUUAGACUGUUAGGUCCCCAAGCCCUAGAAUCAAGACUUGGAAAUCUUUGUAUUACUUCAAUGGGACUUAGGAUCCUGUAAAGUGAUCAAUGUUUAAUACAUACUUUUGAUUAAAUGGGUCAUAAUCUAGUGUUUCAUUCUACAGAUCAGAUUUUAGUCUCUUUUGUAAUUCCUCUCCUUAUUCCUCUCCUUGAUUGAUUUUUUUUGGGAAAAACAGCCUAUAAUAUUAAGCUACAUUUUUUUGGUUUGCUUCAUGUUGAAGUAGUAACUACAGUUUCUGCCCACUAAGGCUCCUGGGAAACUUUAAGAAUAUCAGUAAUGUUCUCUGGAAACAGAUAAAAGCACGGAAGUUUCUGACUUAAAUUUUUAUCUGCAGUGUUUUUAUAUUCAAGCUUCUUUUAUUCAAUUGGGAAACAUAUUACAUAAAGCCAGAGUGGUGAUUUGUUGAUGCUGGGACUCAGUUAAAAUGAAAAAGCAGUCAGAUACUUGCUUUGGGCUUGUGGGAACAGUUAGUCACUUGAUCCCUCUCAGAUCUGUUAUCCUCUUUAUCUUUUGACAUCUUUCCAUUGGGGCGUUCAGGGAUGAGCACUGGUAUCAUCAAUAAAAUGUGCAAGACUGUCGAAGAAAGUGUUCGGGUAGUUCCAAUUUGGGGGGUGAAUGUUGCUAACAAUGGCUUUUCUUUCCUUCCUAGAAUAAAGGCUAAAAAUCUAAAAUUUGCAAUAAAAGUAUAAUUCUAAAUUUA